AUGGCUGCAGAAGCCGAUCAGCCCGCGCUUACAGCUACUGGUGUUACCACCUUUUACAGGCAUUCGACAGCUUUGUCUGCCCAUGGUGCAAGCAGCUUGUGCAUCACUUCUCUCACGUAUCCACACUUGCAUCUUCGAUUUCCUAGCGCGGAGGACGCUGCUGCACUUCUACGCCUCUUUUCUGACUAUCGUAACAUCCAGUACGACAAGUCAUGUACCGGGCUGGAUAGUGCUGACGCUAUAGAUCAUCUGAUAAAGCAAUGGCAGGUCGUAAAUCUACCGUUGCAGCGAGCCAACAUCGUCGUCGUGAUUGACGGAAAGACUGUCGGCACCGGCGGCUUGGGUUGGAUUGGCAGGAGGAAGACUGAUGGAAAGCUGAUAGGCGAUGCGGGGUUGAUGUUAGAGACGGACUUCCGCAAUUCAGGCUACGGAUACGAGUCGUUAUGCAUGGUGAUUGACCAUGGCUUUUGCGUUCUGGGCAUGGACGAAGUGCACAUAGCUUGUGUAGACGCUAAUGCUGCGUUCAAGGGUCUGAUGAACAGAAAGUUGGGGUUUCAAGCUGAAAGGAUAGAAGACAGGAUGUUCGGAAAUGAAUGGAUCUGGCGCAUAACGAAAAAGGCAUGGGCAGAGAGUCCGCACUCUGCUCAAGGUCGAGCUUGA